AUGGUUGGCAAUGAUGAAGAUGCUGCGGGACUAGAAUGCUCAAACCAAGGGCCUACAUUGCUGUUCCACUCCUCAACCACCGUCGCUAUUGUUGGUGCCAAUGCUCCCGUAUCUGUUGACGGGGAAGAAAAGGAGCUCGGCAUGGUCAUCAGCAUUGAAGCCGGACAGAAGCUUUCCAUUGGCACGGCAACAAGUGGCUCUCGAAUUUAUAUUGCAAUUCUAGGUGGCAUUGAGGUCCCCAAAGUCCUGAACAGCCGUUCAACUUUCGCAAUUGGUCACCUUGGAGGCCACAAAGGGCGUAGUCUGCGCGUCGGUGAUAUCCUUCCAUUAGCGAGUGUUGCCAAGAAGCAAAUUCCAAUGCUUAAAGCCCCCGUUCUUCCAAUACCACCACUCGAAAACCGAGAAUGGGUUGUGGGUGCGAUUCCGGGUCGCACGGCAGUCCGGCACAUUUCACACAAGACGGGGUUUAUGAGUUGUUCAAUGGAAAAUGAUCCGUCCACUACAAUAGCAAUCGUCUCGGUGUCCGCCUCAGUGGGCCUCGUCCAGAGUGGGGAAGGCAAACAGGUGGUGACGCUGGUCUGCACCCCUCAAACAUCCAUGACAGCCCCUAUUCCAUCGGAAAUUCCAAUUGUGAAGGAAGUCUCCAAUGCUGGGCGUCUCAUUCGAUGUAGCCAGGCAGGUGAUCGAGCUUUGCUGCUCGAAUUUGGCGCCGAGGAUAGAUUCAUGUUGCGACAAACAUUCCAUAACAGGAAUUUCAUUGAAAAGCACCGCAUGAUCACAAUCCCAGGUUUUGAAGAGCUUACACCCGGGGUUCGAAGUCUCCAAGUCCGAUUAACAGCGGGUUUCUCUCUACCCGAAGUUCUCGAUGCACUAGUGGCGCACGGAAUUUCGCUUAGAAUGCAGAUUCCAUCUCGACUGCCGUCUCGACUCGUACAACUGCCUCUUGUGUCCAAUGACGAUAGCAACCGCAAAGCCAUUGCGCGCUAUGCUUCGACCAUUCGUGCCUCGGCACCAUAUUUACCCAACAACAUCGAGUUCGUGCAAAAGCUGAACGGGCUAGAUAGCUCUGAUCAUGUCGAAAACAAACUCUAUGAAGGCACAUUCCUUGUUUUGGGACUGGGCGAUGUAUACCAAGGGUCUCCGUGUGCUGUGCCAUUAGACCCGCGUCACCAACUCUUUGGAACGAAAUACAAUCCGUCUCGCUCAUUUACGCCUCAAGGCGCCGUAGGUAUUGCAGGUCAAUACCUAUGCAUCUAUGCGACUGAUUCGCCAGGCGGGUACCAGAUUGUUGGUCGCACCGUCUCUAUAUGGGACGAUUUCCACAAGCCAGGACUUGGCGAAAAGGCACCAUGGCUGUUCACCCUGUUGGACCAGAUCCAGUUCUAUCCUGUCACUGAAGAAGAACUUUCUCUAGCGGAAGCCAAGGGGAAUUCCAGUGACCUCAUCAAGAUAAGUGAUGUCGAUCUGGAUCUCAACGAGUAUGAGAAAUGGUUGGAAGAAAAUGCGGCAGACAGUACCACUGUUCGAGAAAAGCGAUCGCAGGCAGUCCAUGAAGCCGAAUUCUUUAAUGAUCUGCUCAAACCAUAUGAACCAGCCGCAACGAGACCUGACCGAGAAUUUGAAAGUCAUGAGCAUAUGGCGGGAGAGCGGGUAAAGGCACCUUUGCCUGGUAGAUGUUUUCGUUGCGCAGUCAAGGAGGCAGAAGAGGUUCAGGCAGGAGACCCACUGAUUUGGAUCGAGUUCAACAAAAUGGAGAUGAAGAUUUGUGCACCAAUUAGUGGGAGAUAUGUGAAAUUGCUGGUUGCCGAGGGGGAUAUUCUUGGACCCAAUGAUGACGUUGCAAUUGUUCAACAAGUGUAA